AUGGGUGAGCAAGACAAGCAUGUUCCUUGCCCGUAUGUAGCUUAUGGUAAAUGUGUAGCCUUCACCAAGUCACUUAAGUUCAAUGAUGUGUGUUUCUUAUUCUAUAAAGAGGCACCUGAAGGUAUAGAAGUGAAUAAAACAGACAUGGAGCCUUGGGGCUCUAUUUUACGGAAUUGGAAUUUCUUAGCUGUAACACAUCCGGGUUACAUGGCAUUUCUCACUUAUGAUGAAGUUAAAGCACGACUACAGAAGUACAGCACCAAACCUGGAAGCUACAUUUUCCGGUUAAGCUGCACUCGAUUGGGACAGUGGGCCAUUGGCUAUGUGACUGGGGAUGGCAACAUCUUACAGACCAUCCCUCACAAUAAACCCUUAUUUCAAGCCCUGAUUGAUGGCAGUAGGGAAGGAUUUUAUCUUUAUCCUGAUGGGAGGAGUUAUAAUCCUGAUUUAACUGGAUUAUGUGAACCUACACCCCAUGACCAUAUAAAAGUAACACAG